ACAUGUUGCAUCGCGGACGCUUGUACCAUGGGUUGAGAAGCUGUUUACUUGAGAUUUUUUGUGUUUGCAUUGCAUUGCAUUUUUUUCUGCUCCUUGGGAGGAGUUGUUGUCUUUUGUGUUUGUUUAGUGAUUAUGGCUACUACAGCGCUACGACAUGCUGGUGAGGCCCUGCAGCACAGCGGCGACUCGAAGCCUGCUGCUACGGCGCUGAUAGCGACGUCUGAUGAGCCACAGAAGUCACCGAAGCAUUAUCGCGGCUUCGUUGGUGGUGUCUUCAGUGGCAUUGCGAAACUAUCAGUUGGUCAUCCAUUCGACACGAUAAAAGUGCGCCUACAAACGACGGAGAUGUCGCAUUUCCGCGGCCCCGUGGACUGUCUCAUGCAAACGCUGAGGAAAGAAGGGUUCGCGGGGCUGUACAAGGGUGCCACGCCGCCGCUGGUAGGAUGGAUGUUCAUGGACUCGGUGAUGCUAGGCUCCUUAAGCGUAUACCGCCGCGUCCUCAACGACCGUGUCUUCAACCCCCCCUCGUACCUUCGACCCGAUGAACAACAGCGCAAACUCCCCGUAUAUGGCCACGCUCUUGCAGGCACAAUGGCGGGGUGGACUGUAUCGUUUGUUGCAGCGCCCGUCGAGCAUAUCAAGGCACGAUUGCAGGUACAAUACGCCGCGGAUAAGAGUGCACGACUAUACUCCGGGCCCAUAGACUGUCUAAAAAAGAUAUACACGGGCCAUGGUAUGAGAGGCGUCUACCACGGCCUCAGCGCAACUCUCCUCUUCCGGACAUUCUUCUGCUUCUGGUGGGGCUCUUAUGACCUCUUCACUCGGCAGCUAGAAAAACACACGGAGCUGUCUGCACCCGCAGUCAACUUCUGGGCCGGCGGUCUCUCGGCACAGGUCUUCUGGCUGACGAGUUACCCCUGCGAUGUCAUAAAGCAGCGCAUCAUGACAGAUCCCCUGGCCAAUAGGAGGUUUCCAGCCUGGAAAGAUGCGGCGCGGACAGUUUAUAGGGAGAGUGGGUGGAAGGGAUAUUGGCGUGGCUUUGUGCCGUGCUUCCUGCGAGCGUUCCCCGCAAACGCAAUGGCUCUCGUGGCUUUUGAAGGCGUGAUGAGAAGCUUGCCCGAGUGAAGGAAACUUACGACGAUAUGUAGCAUUUUUGUUUUCUGCGAAAGCGACUGCAUGAUGGUUUUAUAGACUGGACCUAUACCCCCGCUCCGUACUAGAGGAAGAAGAUCAACAGGAAGAAGGGCAACAUUCAGACUGCCGCAUUUAGGCAUGUAGAUCAGACAUUGUAGGCACGAGUAACAUCUAUUGUUACCCUAAACGUAGAAACUCGAUACACAA